CGACAAUAAAAAUCGACCAUGUCUUCAUGGGCGCAGGAAUAGAACUAGAAAAGCGACUUGAGAUUGUGCGACGGAUGUUCGAGUUGAGCCAAACCACGACUGUGCAUUUGAAGGAUGCUAAUCUGGGGCCGCAGGGAUUUUUGCUGUUUGUGAAGGUAAUUUUGGAGUGGGUUAAGAGCGCUGGGGGUUAUAAGUGACAUAUGCAGGAGGGUUUCCUAAACGUUUUGUACGGAGUAACUCUAUCACUGCUUUCUGCUAGUAAAGUUGACAUCCUACGAGUAAGCUGG